AACAUCAUUAGCUUCUGGAAUAGGGCAGGUGGAAGGUAUCCAAUGCCUUAUUUAACAGGCCACUUCUUUAAUGUGCUCAUGAUAGCUAAGCACUUUAGGCACUAAAUUCUACAGAUUGAAGGCUUGGAAAUCACAUCUACCUGUAAUGGAAAGUCUGAAGUACCAAACAGUAGCAGCCGUAAUACUAGUUCUUAUGAUUGCUGCAGUAGCAGAUCCUGAUCCCAUGAAGGAUUUUUGUGUGGGACUUAAGCUAAAUAAUACCCACAAGCUCAAUCUCAAUGGACUGCCCUGCAAGGAUCCCAGUGAGGUUACUGUGGAUGACUUUGUGUAUGAGGGGCUAAGGAAGGCUGGGAAUCUAUCAGCUAGUAGCACUGGGUUUGCAGGUACAUCUGUGAGUGUUGUGCAAUUUCCUGGACUGAACACUUUGGGGAUGUCAGCUGUGAGGGCUGAUUUUGAGAAAGGGGGAUUGAAUGUACCUCAUCUGCAUCCCAGAGCCACAGAGAUUGGGUAUGUGGUGGACGGAAGUUUGUAUUGUGGGUUUAUCACAUCAGAAAACAAACUAUAUGCUAAGGUCAUUCAUAAGGGGGAUUUGAUGGUUUUUCCAAGAGGGUUGGUGCAUUUUCAGAUGAAUGUGGGACAUGGACCUGCUGUCAUUGUGGGAACAUUCAAUAGUGAGAAUCCUGGAUUGCUGAAGCUUCCUUCUACCCUGUUUGGAUCAGGCAUUGAGGACCAUCUUCUUCAAAAAGCUUUUCAGCUUAGUAAAAAGCAAGUCAGAUCCUUGAAAGCCAAGCUUGGUCCCAAGGGAUAGAGGAUAUUUAGUGGAUCUUCUGUCAAAAUAUAUGUUUCAUCCUUUCAAAGACUGUAACUUUAUCUGAAGAAUCUGUCUGCUAAGUUUAUUAAGUUGGUUGUCUAGCUCAGCACCCCUACUGGUGCCUUCUUUCUGUGUUGUGAAGAAUCAAAGUCUCUGGUUCAAUAAUCACCUAAUGUAAGCUUAUCUGUUGAAUAAUGAUCAAGUCCUAUAAUUGAAGUCA